UGUUGUAAAAUGCCAAACUAGAAGAAGCAGCUGCAGGCUUAUAACAAAUACUGUAAACAAAAAUAAUAAUAAUACCUAGCACACAAUGAGAUCCAACAAUGGCCAGCAUAUCCCUCAACGUUAUCGGGUCAUUAACAGCAACAAGAAAUUGAAAAUAAUACACAGAGCCUCUGUACCGACAGUCCAAAAAGCGGCUAACAAACGAUUUAGCCAAACAAAAUUGAAGCAGAGCAAUUUGUUGUCUCAACCAGAAGUAUACCAGGAGGAGGAAAUGUCCCAAUUGAGUGAUAUGGAAUAUAUGACAGAAGCAGAGAUGGAUCACGCCGACAACGAGAAACACGCUCUUAAGACAUUGACAUCUACGAUACGACCGUUGCUUCAGCUCUUUUCCGAUGAUUCCUGUUCACCUAAAAACACAGAUCCUGCCAUUCACAGUACAAGAGCCCAGGACCCAACACAGGAUACCCAACAGAUUGUAUAUAAAAAUAUCAGUCUUUCCUCUGAAGAGGAAGAAGAAGAGGAGGAGGGCGGUGAAGUGGAAGACAAAGUCUCAUUACACGAUGAACAUAAUGUAUAUGUGAAUGACGAAGCUUUAAGGGUACCAGAACAUAAGCCAAAUCGUCCAAGACCAGACAGUCUCAGUCGAUUUGAAUGGUCACCAAAAUCAACAAACAUAUUCCUGGAUCUAUGGGAAAAGAACUUAAAGGAAAUUCGAGGUCCACGAAAGAAUUCCCUCAUACACAAAGAAAUGGCCGAGGAAAUGAGCGAAUAUGGACCAAGUCAUAGAGAAAUCAAAUCAAAAAUGGACAAUAUGUCUCGAAAAUUCAGGUUAGAACUGAAAAAGAUAAAAUCUGGAAAUCCUACAAAUUGGCGAUAUUUUAAAAGAGUUCAAUCUUUGUUAAUUGGAACACCCUCUGUGGAUUUUGAAGAAAUUAUAUUCGAUAAUACGGAGUCGUCGACAUUUUUUAACUCGGACAGCAGUGAUGUGGAAAAUGAAAAUCAUAGCAAUUCACAGGAGCAUAAACAAUUGGAGCAUCAACCUAUGCCCACAGACGAGACUGAACACGUCGCAGAAGACUUAGAAGAACAAGAUCAAGUAGAUGAAAAAGUAGAGCAACCUCCGGUAAUUUUACCAAGAUCAGAGAAAGACGAUUAUCAUUACGCAUCCAGAGAAGUUCCAACAAAUCGUAUGUUGGAUAUCGAAGAAGAGAAGUUAGUUAUUGAGAAACAGAAACUACAGGUCAUGAAACAUAUAUCCAGAGAACUUACAUCGAUAAGCAAAACGUUAAUUGAAUUGCUACGAAAUGCAAAAUAA